GCACCGGCGGCGGAUCAAACGCGCUUUGCGGCGGACCGGGCGGUCGCAGCCUCGCGCCUUCCAUCUCUCUGGAUAUUUACGGGAUUUCUACCGUUCAUUACGCUUCGUUUACUGCUCAGGCGUUACAUCAACAUCCACAUUUCUCUCCGUUAUCCCGCUUUCCGUCCGGACCGGAAGAAAGACGCGGCAUCAUCGGAUUACAUGACCGUUACCGCACAGCGCUCCGACUCUCUCAGCUUCUCUGUGCCAAACAUUCCGGGAAUCCGGAUCACCUCCGUGCACACAUCGUACCCUUCUUUCUUCCUUUCUUUUGCAAAGGGAAUCCGAACGUUUACGACCACGCUUAGUUCAGAAACAAAGCAAGAGCAAAGAUAACGAGGAAUAGAUCACUUUGUGCAUCACGCCAUGCGUUUAAAAUCCGAUCCUGAACCGGAUCCUGACCCGGUUUUCACUCAUUAAUUCACGGAUUAACACUGUGGAUAAAAGCGGAAAACGUCAUGCAACGUCAUGGUGCCAUUUUGGGCAUUUAUCCAACUCUCACUGAUAUGAUGACUGGAUGAUCGCGCUGUUGGAGACCAACUUGUCGCUCUGCCUCUGAUCACGCUUUAGCGGAUUUAAACCGCGGCGCACGCGCGCGCUUCGACUCAACCCGUUGUGUACUCGGGUCAUGUAGUGCUUUUGCACAGCACUAAACACUAGUCAGUUAUAGUUACUGUCUGCACCCCGGAUUGUCUGCUCUUACGGAAAGUUUGCGGAACCGAAAUCCAUCCGGAGCGCGAUGACGCGCGUGCAGAGACACAGAGAGGGAGGGAGAGCGCGCGAUGAGGCUCGCGCACUCUGAUAAAGCCACUACCCAAACUUUGUUAUUCAUUCACGCAGCCGGUGUGUCUUAAAGCCGCUUGGCAGAGAGCAUACUCACUCAGCGGUGUUAAUGGCGUUCCGGAAGUUGCCCGGUGUGCCCGUGUCAGCCAUGGGCCUCCGUCUGUCCCAGAAAUUCGCCUUUCUGCUUUUUCUCUCCGGUUUGGUCACGCUGUGCCUCGGGGCUCUGUUUUUCCUUCCCGACUCCGUUCGCCUCAAGCGCUUUUUCCUGCCCAAGACCGAGAGCGCGAGCGCGAACACGGCGGUGACCCAGAGCGGCGCGAUGGUCGAGCUCGCGGAAAAGGCGCGCGCGGACCGGGAGCGCCAGGAGCGCGAGCGGAGCGCACCGUUUAAACCCGAGCCAAACGGCAAGCUCAGAGUGAGCCGGAAGCCAUCCGUGACGCGCGGAGAUGCCACCGGCGGCACCGCGGAGAGACCUCCGGGAGCGCGCGAGGAGCGCAGGGCGAGAACGCAGCGCGGGGACGCGACCGAAGGGACCACAGCGGGGCGCGCGAAAGGCUACAGUUAUGACACGUUCCGAAAGUGUUUCCUCAAAGCAGCGCUCGGGAAUGACCGGGGAAAACCAUCAGAUCACCAAACUGUACAGAGGAGGGACAAAGUCAGAGAGAUGAUGAAAUUUGCCUGGGACAACUACAGACGUUACGCAUGGGGGCAAAAUGAGCUCAGGCCGCUCACAAAAAAUGGCCACAUCGGCAACAUGUUUGGGGGUCUGCGGGGGGCCACCAUUGUGGAUUCUCUGGAUACACUGUACAUCAUGGGUCUAACGGAGGAUUAUAAAGAGGCUAAAGAGUGGAUACGCACCAGCCUGGACCUGGACUUGAGUGGAGAGGCUUCUGUCUUUGAGGUGAAUAUCCGGUACGUUGGAGGCCUGCUGUCUGCGUACUACCUUACCGGAGAAGAGGUGUUUAAGCAGAAGGUGCUGGAGCUCGGUGAGAAACUGCUGCCGGCAUUCAGCACGCCGACUGGCAUCCCGCGAGGAGUCAUUAACCUGGGCAGUGGCACCAGUUGGAACUGGGGAUGGGCGUCAGCCGGGAGCAGCAUCCUGGCUGAAUUUGGGACGUUGCACCUGGAGUUCAUGCACCUAACGGAACUAUCUGGAAACCCCAUUUUCACAGAGAAGGUGAUGAACAUCCGAAAGCUGCUGGACAGGAUCGAGAAGCCACAGGGCCUGUAUCCCAAUUUCCUGAGCCCUGUCAGCGGGAACUGGGUCCAACAUCACGUUUCUCUUGGAGGCCUGGGAGACAGCUUCUACGAGUACCUGAUCAAAUCAUACCUGAUGUCAGACAAGACAGAUGAGGAGGCCAAGCGCAUGUACUACAACGCUCUGGAGGCAAUAGAGGCCAACUUGGUGCAGAAAUCUGCAGGAGGUCUUACAUAUGUGGCUGAAUGGAGAGGUGGAAUUCUCGACCAUAAGAUGGGGCAUCUGGCUUGUUUCGCCGGCGGGAUGGUGGGCAUCGGGGCAGACGAUGGCACUCCAGAGAAGAGGCAACACUACCUAGACCUGGCAGCCGAGAUCACAAACACAUGCCAUGAGUCUUACAGUCGCUCAGCCACUAAGCUCGGCCCCGAGGCGUUCCGCUUCGACGGAGGCGAAGAGGCGACGGCCACCAGACUGAGUGAUCGUUACUACAUCCUGAGGCCAGAGGUCAUCGAGAGCUACAUGUACAUGUGGCGUCUGACCCAUGAUCCCAAGUACAGGGAGUGGGGCUGGCAGGCGGUGGAGGCACUGGAGAAAUACUGCCGCACUGACGGAGGUUAUUCGGGGAUCAGAGACGUCUACGCUACUACGGUCAGCCAUGAUAACAUGCAGCAGAGCUUCUUCCUGUCUGAAACUCUGAAAUAUCUGUACCUGCUUUUCUCUGAUGAUGACCUGCUGCCGCUGGAUGACUGGGUGUUCAACACCGAGGCUCAUCCUUUACCCAUCGUCCGCAAGAGCUGCUUAGAGGAGCACAGUGGCACCACACGAGACACUCAACACACACACCCAGUGUAACCUGCAAUGGCACACCCUGACACACACGCACAGCGAGGCAGGGCCUCGGUAUCACUGGCCCUGCCGCAGCCUCUCGGCUCCUUUUCCUGUAAGGGAUCUUGCGCUGCACGCUGUGAUUGUAAUAUCUGAGCCGGGACAUUCUCUGUGGACAAUCAAAAUGAAAAUUACUUUUGUGACAAGAGCACCUUUGUUCCCUUCUUUCUUUCCUCUGUGAGGAAAAUGGAAUAUUCUUCAGGCCCAGAUUGGCGGGGUGGGCACCACCUCAUCGUGGGCUAUUUUGAGAGAAAGAGAAAAUCGCUUCAUUCUUCUUCAGCACUCUGUUAUUUCUGUCCAUCUUUUUACUCUUUUUUACAAGCUAGUGACAGGCAAUUUGUGGACGAUUUGUUUUUAUUAAUGACUCUUUCAAGUGAUUUGCAAGCUCAAAAGAAUAGAAAGCAACAAAACUCAACAGUACACAUGCAAGUUACUUUUUUUUUUUUUUCAAGAAUCAGUACAUAACCCCGCUGCCAUUACCCAUUUUGCUUCCCAUUUUCUUACCUGAUUUUUGUCCCCAUGUCAUUAUCCUAUCUGCAUUCUGAUCUACAUUCCACAUACUGUUACCUGAUUUGUAUCCUCUAUGUUGUUACGUGAUCUACCUUCCCAGUGUUCUGCAUUCUUGAUGUCCUUGUCUGAUCUGCACUUGUAACUUGAUUGGUCCCCUUCAAUCUCUGUCCCUCUGUCAUAACGAGAUCUACAUUUCAGUGUUGUUCCCCUGUGUUUUAACCCAAUCUGCAUUACUUGUGUCAUUUCCCAAUCAACUCUUUCCUGUGUCGUUACCCAAUCUGUGUCCCCCAUACCAUAACUCAUUCUGCAUCAGUUGUGUCAUAACUCAAUAUAUAUUUUCUACUGUUGGUACAUUCCUUGUAUCAUUACUCAAUCUAUGUCCCCCUGUGUCAUUAGCCAAUUUGUGUCUAUGGUGGCUUUACCAUAUCUGUCACCCCCCCUUUCUAACCCAAUCUCAUCCUGUUUCGCUACCUAAUCUGUGUCCAUCAUGUUGCUACUCAAUCAUUGUCCUUCCUUUUGCAACCCAAUCUGCAUCUUCUGUGUUGCUACCCAAUCUGCAACACCCGUGUUGCUACCCAAUCAACCCAAGCACUCAAUCUGUUUCCCUGUUACUUGACCCGCAUUUCUUGUGUCUUUAAUCAGUCUACUUCACCUGUAUCACUAGCCAGUCAGUGUUCAUGGUGACUUUACCAUAUCAGUUUCCCCCUUGUUGUAACCUGAUCUGCAUCCCCUUGUCAUUAUCCAGUCUGCAUCCCCCUUGUGAUUACCCAAUCUGUGCCCACUGUGUCACUAUUCAAUGUGUCCCCCAUAUCACUACCAAAUCCUGAAGAUCUUCACUAGUUUUCACAUAGAUUUCGUCUAUCGAAGAAAGAAACGAAAAAAAUCUAAUCUAAAAAUAUUGAUUCACUAAAAUGCUUCAUUCACAAGAAUUAAAUCACAAAAGCGUGACUAAAUGUCCAUCAUUAUAACUUACACAAUCUUUGGCCAACGCAUUUCAGGCUUCAUUAUUCUGAUUUUUCUUUGCUUUUUUGUUUUUGGGUUUUUGUUUACUUUUCAGCCAAGGUGUCUGAAAGCUUUGGGAGGCGAAUAAAAAAAAGAAAAUUCAAAGGUGGUUUUGAAAUAUUGUUUUGUACAAUGUUUCCUUUGAACAGUAUCAGAAGCUGAGUGUGUAUGAAAGUAGAGAACUAAGAGAGCUUCAAGCAUAUCAUGCUUCAAAGACCAGCAUCAGCAAGUUCAAAAAGGUACAUAGGGGAAAACACACACACACACACACACACACACACACAGACAUGCAGAGCGCACACACAAAGAGCAAAAAGUGACACAACACACAAACCAAGUCCUCUAGGUCCCUUUAUCUCUGCCCGAGCAGCUGCACUGAGUAUGUUGAGUUUUAUUCACCACCGUCCACCGCGUUGCAGGAAUGUGCUGUACAUAACCAAAUGAGUGUGACUGUGAGUGACCUGUAUUGUUAAUCUGUUAAUCUGCCCUGGUUGAUUGCCCUCACUCUAAUUUUUUUCUCUCUAUCUUCUCAUACUUCUCAUUUCCAGUUUUUUUUCCCCAUUCCUUUAAAUGAUUCUUAUGUACAAUUGUAUUCUUUCCUUUCAUUUGAUUCCCUCAGGUGUUUCUGGAAAAGGAGAAAUUUUGAUGAUUAUUGUUACUUAUUACUUAUGGUAUGAAUUAUCCUUGUUGAUUUGACUUAUCUUUCAAUGUUGUUGUAUAUUUUCAGAUACUGGUUCAAAAAUAUAUCUGUGCAACUUUAUACAUUUAAAAUAACUGCACAAAC